AUGACGACUAAUGCCAAUGUACCGCACAACUCUUUGAUUGCUUUAAUCCCCAUAACUGUCGACGAUGCCGAAGCAAGCCUGGAGAAUCAUGCGGACCUUCUCCUGGACCUUAUUGUCAGGAGAGCUGUCAUCGUUUGCUUUGCCUGCUUGGCUUUUGUCAGUGCUGUACCCAUUGAAGAGGCCAUUCCUCAAGGUAUUGAUGGUGGUGCUGCUGCCGGCUCUGAACCCGUCAAUCCUGCCGAUGAUCAAUCAUUCUUCUUGAAAUUGAAGUUGUUGAAGAAACUUUUGUUCCUCGGCUAA